AAGAGUUUCCUUUUAGUUCAAAUUCAGACAAAAAAAAGAUUAAACCUUUUAUGAACACAGUUUCCAUUUCUUACCUCUUGAGUGGUUCAUUGAACCUUAGCUCUUAAGUUGCGUCUUAAAAUCUCAUCCUCACCCAAAUAAAAAAAAAAAAAAAAGUUUGCAUUUUUAUUUUCUGGGGUUAGGUUCUGUAAUAAAAAAGGAAAAGACUUUACCCUUUUAUCCGGAAUCGUUUGUGUCGAUUCCUCUGCCUUUCCAAUUCUUAAACAUCGUUGUGUUCGGGUUAAUGCUGGUUAACUAGCAUCAAAACAAUGGAUGCUGCUAGUAAGAGAUCUAUUACACAGUUCGGGUGUUCUAAGCUCCACUGUCUUCCUCUGCUCUUGUCUUUGCUGAUUUGGACUCCUUACAUCUCCUUUGCUGCUACUAACCCUGACGAUGUUGUUGCAAUCAACGGUUUAUACGCUGCGCUUGGGGCGCCUACGCUUCCUGGUUGGACUGCUUCUGGUGGAGACCCAUGUGGUGAAGCUUGGCAAGGCGUUAUCUGCAAUGUCUCAGAUGUUAUAAGCAUAACUGUAAAUGCGGCGAAUUUGGAAGGAGAGCUUGGUGACAACUUAUCUAAGUUCACUUCUAUCAGGGGAAUAGAUUUUAGUAACAACCGCAUUGGAGGAUACAUACCGACUAAUUUGCCAGUUACAUUGCAGCAUUUUUUUCUUUCAGCUAAUCAGUUUACAGGAAGCAUCCCUGAAUCUUUAGGAACACUAAGCUCUCUGAGUGACAUGUCUUUGAAUGAUAAUCAACUCUCAGGAGAGUUACCUGAUGUGUUUCAAAACCUUGUUGGGCUGAUCAAUCUAGACAUAUCUGCUAACAAUCUAAGCGGCACAUUGCCUCCUUCAAUGGAGAGUUUAUCAGCUCUUACAACAUUACAUGUUCAGAACAAUCAGAUCUCAGGAACUCUAGACGUUCUUCAAGUCCUUCCUCUUCAAGACUUAAACAUAGAGAAUAACCUCUUCUCUGGACCCAUACCUGAAAAACUACUAAGCAUUCCGAGAUUCCUAAAGGAAGGAAACCAAUUCAACUCCACCACACUUGCACCAUCACUGUCUCCUUCUACAUCUCCAACACGACCGUUCGUUGGAGUUCCACCACCUCCUCCUCCACCUGAAAGAAACCGAGGGAAAAUUGAUGGUGAACCUCCUUCUCCAAAAGAGCAGAAGAGCUCUUCACAAACCACACGGAUAGUCCUCAUAUCAAUCGCUGGCGUCGUCCUCUUCAUAAUCCUUGUUUUGGCAUUACUCUUGCUGUUGCCAAAGUGUUUAAGAAGGAGAAGAGAAAGUGCUAGUAGUGUCUUUAAACCGCAUCAAGUUGGUGCUGACAGAGGAAACAGAGAGAAUGCUCUGGAGAAUGGGCCUCCUCUACUGCCACCACCUGUUCGGUCUGAGAAAGUACCAUUCACCAAAGCUGGACAAGAACCAAAGGUUUUACAUGACAUUGAGCGGUUGCAAAGACCUAUAACAAGACAAGAGAGUCAAGACAUUGACUUCUCAACGCUUACGCCUCCACCUCCUCCUCCUCCUCCUCCACCGCCGCCACCAGCUCCUCCUGUGGUCACCUUUAUGCCAAUUAAGUCUCCUGAGAGACCCUUUAAGAAGCCUUCACCAAAGACACGCGUACCCAUAACUUCUGUGAAGCAUUACUCCGUUGCAUCUCUUCAGCAAUACACUCAAAGCUUCUCUCAGGAGAAUCUCCUCGGCUCUGGGAUGCUCGGGAGUGUUUACAAGGCUCGUCUUCCCGAUGGAAAGAUGUUUGCUGUCAAGAAGUUGGACAAGAGGGCUUGUGAACAGCAACAGGAUCAUGAGUUCAUCGAACUAGUGAACGAUAUAGAUAGGAUACGCCACGCCAACAUCGUUGAACUUGUUGGUUACUGCGCUGAGCACGACCAGAGACUACUGAUCUACGAAUAUUGCAGUAACGGUACGUUGCAAGACGGUUUGCAUUCAGACGAUGAGUUCAAGAAGAAGCUCUCGUGGAACAAACGUGUCAGAAUGGCACUUGGAGCUGCUAAAGCCCUUGAGUACUUGCAUGAGGUGUGUGAACCACCAAUCAUACACAGAAACUUCAAAUCAGUCAAUGUCUUACUAGAUGAUGAUCUGAGUGUUCUUGUCUCAGAUUGUGGUUUGGCCCCAUUAAUUUCAUCAGGCUCUGUGAGUCAGUUAUCAGGACAAUUGCUUGCGGCUUACGGAUAUGGAGCUCCAGAGUUUGACUCAGGAGUCUAUACAUGGCAGAGUGAUGUAUACAGUUUUGGUGUUGUUAUGUUAGAACUCUUGACUGGUAGAAUGUCCUACGACAGGGACCGGAGUAGAGCAGAGCAGUUCUUGGUGAGGUGGGCGGUUCCUCAGCUUCAUGAUAUCGAUGCGUUGGGGAAAAUGGUUGAUCCAUCUCUUAAUGGACAGUACCCUGCAAAGUCAUUGUCACACUUUGCUGAUAUUAUUUCGCGGUGUGUUCAGUCUGAACCAGAGUUUAGACCAUUGAUGUCUGAAGUAGUUCAAGAUCUUCUGGAUAUGAUCAGAAGAGAGCGGCAUGGUUCAGGGGAGCCCUAGCGCAGACUAGUGAAUUGUGAAGAAGCAUUUUUUCCUGAGGAUAUUUGUGAAUUAGCGGAAACAAGAGAUGUUCAGUUCUCAGAAACAACAACAAGAACAAAGGGGAGUGAAAAACGUAACACUUGAGUCAUAAUCCUGAGAAGGAAGCUGAUUCUGCAGCCAAAGGGAGGCUUGUUUCAUGUAAAUUGGAUAAGGAAAAGAUCAUUGUGCUCGUCUCCAGUGGUAGAUGAUUUGAUUGGUAGGGGAGCUCGUUUUCUUUUUUUCUUUCUUUUCUGUGAAUCUUAGAUCAUCCCUAUUGUAAUCAUUGUUUGUUGAACGACCUCUAGUGUCAAAUUGUGUGUUUACUUGAUUCUUUGAAACUUGUUUGUACUAAAAAAAAAAAGUAUGUAUAAUUUGCUGUGUUGUUGUGUU